AUGGCUGUAGAUAGAUUGGAAAUUUCAAUUACAAAAUUACAAUGGGGAUUAAGAGGAGCUCAAAUAUUUUGUGCUUUUAUUGCAAUAGCAUGUCUCGCAGCAGUUAUUUCAUUUGAUAACAAGACAACAUCCAGUACUAUAAUAGAUAAUAUUUUUAUUUUCUUUGUGGCCCUUUCAGUUAUUAUGUCAGCUGCAAUAGUCGGUAUUCCUUAUACUUAUUUACAAUAUGGUAAAUUUCAAAGUUUGGCAAGAGCUUUAAGGGUCAUUAGAAUAGAGUUCGUGCUUACGGCAAUGUGGUCUGUGCUUGUAUUUUUGGUAACGAUCGCACUGAGUAUAGAAUUGGGUUUGAGAAAUUGUGAUUCGAGCUCGGAUACGGCUGCCUUUGAAAGAGCUAAAAACAAAACAGGAAGUCUUUUUACCAAUGGAUUGGCCGGAAAUUGUAGAACUGCACGAGCCGGAAAUGCCUUCGGUUGGUUUGCUUUGGCGGGUUGGCUAGGUUCGUUGGCUUUGAUCGGUAAGGAAUGGUAUGAUAAUAGACGUCAACCAUUACCAAAGCAUGAUCCCCAUACAGAUGAAGCAAACGUGAAUUCCUCAAAAUCAUCUUUGGACACUGAUGUUGCUGGUACUAAUAAUCCACCACAAGGAGAAAAUGUUCAAAUGCAAAAUAUUCAUACUUUUGCUGCUAGUUCAUCUCAAUCUCAUUUGCCAACUCAACAACCUCAAACACAAUUUCAACAGCCUCAAACACCAAUUCAACAACCUCAAACACCAAUUCAACAACCUCAAACACCAAUUCAACAACCCCAAGCACAAUUUCAACAGCCUCAAGCACAAUUUCAACAGCCUCAAGCACCAAUUCAACAACCUCAAACACAAUUUCAGCAGCCUCAAGUACCAAUUCAACAACCUCAAACACAAUUUCAACAGCCUCAAGCACCAUAUCCACAAACUCAAGGACCAUAUCCACAAACUCAAGGACCAUAUCCACAAACUCAAGGACCGUACCCACAAACUCAAGGACCAUAUCCACAAACUCAAGGACCGUACCCACAAACUCAACCAUCAUUUCAACAACCUCAAGUUUCUCCGGUUCCAGCAAAUCCUCAAGCAACGCCUAGUCCCAACAUCGAAUUCCCACAACCUCAAUUUUUUCCACAGUAA